CUUUUGUUAUUUGGUCUUCUCAAAGUAGUGAUAUUUCCCAUGACGCCACGGCGCGCUAAAAAAAGUUUUCUGACGUCGCCAACAUCUGCAAGGCUAGCAAUCAGCCUCGUCCCGUACUCAUCCUGCCAAAUUUCUAAGAGCUGCUGUGAUAUCCAUCUAUCACCUUGCACCUGCAGGACGGCAAUAAACAGCUCAAUUGGGCGAUCACACACUAACAGCUGUCACUCCGAUGACUGCCGUGCUGUGUUGGGGUGAGCUGUGGCGUAAGCUCAUGCAAGGGAUUGUGUUAUUGUUGUCGAUGUCGUGGUUGGUAUCCGAGCGAUUAUUGGAGGCAGAGGCCUAAUUCGAUAUAUCUUGCAGCCUCAUGUGAGCUUGGAUCUCCGGGAGGAGCGAUAUGUCUCCGAAUGAUUGGCCGCUACUGGGUGAUCACGUAUUAACAUUGAGCCCUGGCCCCUAGGCGGCCCCAAGCGAUACGUCCAUUCAGGCAGAUUAUGAGUCUGUAUAUUGAUAACUCAGGCAGUGUGAGAAACCAAUUGUAUUGGCGCUUCUCACUCUGGUUACAUAGGACUCUCCGAGUAUUGGGGGCGCUUUGGGUCCAAAUCAGUGGCCGGAGAGUGCUUUACUGUCUCACUUUAUAUGACCUGUGGUGUCGUCUUGGAGGCCUCAGAUCCCACAGCUACAUAGCUACACAGCUUCACGCGCUGUGCACUUCUGCUGCAGCUGGCGUUACCUUGCUUCCGUACUGACUGUUGCCUGUUUUGGCAAAGACUGUCUUCGAGACCUCAGAUUCCAGUGCCACACAGCUCUACAGCUCUACAGUCUACGCGCCGUGCGAGUGUGACUUCUGCUGCAGCUGGUGUUACCUUGCUUCUAUGCUGACUGUCCUUUCUUUAGCUUGAGAAACUGGAGCCCCGCGUUUCUCAGUUUUUGCAUUCCAAGUUGUCCUCUCCUUUUGUAAUAAGCACCUCCUUGCUGUGGUAACCUCCUAUUUCGAGUGUAGUUCUUGCUGGAUAUCCUCCUUAUUCGAGUGCAUUCCUUUUUGGAUAUCCUCCUUGCCCAUGUGCAGCAUGGCGAAUUCUCAACCGCGCAUUCCCUCUCAGCAUGGGACCUUGGAAUACCUGCGUCUUCAGUAUGACAAUGCCAUCGCGUCGGGCAUCAAGCGUCCCCUUUUAUUCCCACAAGUGUUCUUCAGCUUCGCCCUCCUAGCUGGUUUCCUCAUCAUAGACCACCGACAAAACCGCUUCUUAUACCAGUUACGAUGGUCGGUUUGGUUUGCCGUCAUUGCAGUUGAGGUUUCCAAUAUCCGUCAUCGGAUUUCCCUGGACCCAGCUGUUUCUUACGUCUCUGGCGUUGCAUCGGUAUAUGUUAUAAUAUGGAGCACGAUGUGGUUGAUCUUUGGGCGUCCCCAGUUUACGGCUGCGCGCCUCGAGCGCCGACGUAAGGCGUUACAGAAUGGUAUUCGGGCUGCCUCUGGUGGUACGACCCAGGAAAGACCCGAGACAAUUGGAAAUAAGAUGAAUGGGAAUGGACAUUCUCUGAAACAACAAAAAGGCCAUGAUACCGCUCUGCCUACGACAGAAAAGAACCUGGCAGAAACCAAAGACUCGAACGCGGAGUGGGAAUACUUCUGGCAACCAUACCCUCAUGUUUUUGGAGAACGCCUGGCUUGGGUGCUGGAUUUGAUAUUCAGUUUCCGUGGGCGGGGAUGGAACUUCUCUAUUCCUACCAAUCCAGCCCUCCCAGAAGAUGUUGCUGCCUCACUCGGCGAGACCCUCUCAGAGUCUAAUAGAAGCCUGACAAGCAGGACUGGAUACCAAUGCUUUCGAACUCGCGAGGCGCUGGCACGUUAUGCGAUAUCCAGGUUCAUACUCUGCUAUCUCAUCCUAGACCUUUGCAAGUUUCAGAUCAUCCACGACCCCUUUUACCGUACCGGCGACGAGUCUCUUCAAGCUCCCGCAUACCUCGAAGGUCUCUCACCUUUCCUCAUCACCCGAAUCCGCCGCAACACCCUCAACCUCGCGCUAGUAACUUUCAUCCACUUCCACGCCCUUCUAAUCCCCAUGGUCGCCUCCCUUCUCCUCGGGCCCAGAGUCCUUGGAAUCCGGGGCGAACCCUGGAUGUACGUCACAACAUGGGGCUACCCCUCCGCCAUCCUCCACAAAGGACUCUCCGGCUUCUGGGGCACCUGGUGGCACCAAACCUUUCGUGCCGGCUUCACCGCGCCGACGAAUUACCUCAUUCGCAAAGGCUGGCUGCCUAGCAAUGGCAUCGCGUCGCAACUCGUCGGAAUUACCAUCGCCUUCAUAAUAUCAGGCGCCAUGCACGCCACCGGCAGCUUCGUGCAAGUCCUCCCCACGCAUCCACAGCGCCAGUUCGCGUACUUCCUGCUGCAGCUCGUGGCGGUGGUGGUGCAGACCUCGUUCUGCGCGGUGCUCCGGCCUUGGAUCGAGCGGCUGCCGGUGUGGGCGAGAAGGACGGGGAAUGGGGUUUUUGGGUACAUGUGGCUGUAUGCGACGGCGCCGCUGUUCAUGAAUGAUAUGUCGGCGGGCGGGACAUGGUUGUAUGAGCCGAUUAUAGUGAGCCCGUUUCGAUGGCUCGGGUUGGGGCCGAAGGGGUAUGGGUGGUGGACGUGGGCGCAUGUUGAUAUUGGGUGGUAUCAAGGAAAGUAUUGGUGGGAGAGUGGGAUUGGGGGUCUUUGAGGGUUGGUGUGCGAAUAGUGAUUAUGAUGAAGUUGACGGCCUAUAUAUGGCAAUCUUUUCUGAUCUUGGAAUGCAAUUGCAGAACAAAUUAUUUUAGCCCUACAAUAGUUUUAUGAAGCGG